ACCGAUAUGUUUACGUGGUUACGUUUAUUUUGAUGACAACACGGCAGAUUGGUUCGGUUCAGUUUUCGGCUUCUUCUAAAAAUGAAUUAACCCAAAGCUAUUCAACAUUACGCUACACUCCGCUGGCAACUGUGCAAACAAGAGCAAGACGACCGGGUACCGGAGCAGGAAGCGUCUGUUCUGUUUACGUUGUGCGGUAUAUCCCGUCAGUCUGUGCCGCUGAGAGAGUAGGUGACAUUCUUGCGGGCCUGGCUAGAAUCGGAUUUUGGAGUGGAAUCAGCUGGAGCAGCGCCGUUAAACCCCCGCGAUUAGACCACGUGCAUGAUGAUACCACUGUCGCACAAGGACAGGAGCAGCUUCGGCUACCGGGUCCGAGAAAAGCUCAACAGCUGGAAACGACUCAUUUUUUCGGACCGAAACUCGCGCAACCUGUUCCUGUUCCUGCUGCUUAACCUAAGUUUCGCCUUCGUGGAGCUCUUCUAUGGCAUCUGGACGAACAGCCUGGGUCUGAUCUCGGACUCGUUUCACAUGUUCUUCGACUGCACCGGCCUCUUGGCGGGCUUAGCUGCCUCGGUAAUUACCAAGUGGAAGGCCAACGACAAGUACUCCUACGGAUAUGUCCGUGCCGAGGUGUUGGCCGGUUUUGUUAAUAGCUUGUUCCUGCUCUUCAUCGCCUUCUUCAUCCUGUCGGAGGGUGUUGAACGGCUGAUUGAGCCGCCAGAGGUUAAGCACGAAAGGCUAUUUGUAGUCUCCGUGCUGGGAUUGCUUGUGAAUCUGGUAGGAAUCUAUGCCUUUAACCACGGCGGACACGGGCACUCGCACGGUGGCGGUGGACAUGGACACUCGCAUGGCGGAGGAUUAGCAGGACAUGGCCACAGUCACGGACACUCGCAUAACCACAACGACGUCAGCAACCAUGACCACCAGGCCAUCAACUUGGAUAAUGGUCAUGGACAUUCCCACGAUCACGGCAGUCAUGGGCACUCCCACGACAUGUCGGGCGGCAACUCACAGAUUAUGCGCGGCGUCUUCCUGCACAUCCUGGCCGAUACUCUGGGAUCGGUGGGCGUGAUUAUCUCAGCCGUGUUGAUGCAGAUGUUCGGCUGGAUGAUAGCGGAUCCCAUAUGUUCAAUCUUUAUCGCCCUGCUGAUAGCACUCAGUGUGCUGGGCCUAAUCAGGGAGUCGAUUAUGAUUCUGAUGCAACGACAGCCAACGGACCUGGAUCGCUCGCUGCCGCAGUGCUAUCAGAAGGUGACGGGACUGGCUGGAGUGUACGCCGUGCAGGAGCCUCACUUCUGGACUCUGUGUUCCGACGUUUACGUGGGAGCUUUAAAGUUGGAGGUUUCGAAAAACGUGGACCCCAAAUACGUCGUCACGCACACGAGAAUGAUAUUCGAGGCGGUUGGCGUGAAACAGAUCUACAUUCAGCUGGAUUAUGUGUAAUGCGGAUGAGGAAUAGUCUCUGGUGUCCUUGUAAAAUCAUGUGUAUAUUUAUCAGUGUGUGAUUAAGAGCGGAAGACGUCGAUGUUGUCAAGUUUAUUUUUGAAAUUUUAGUUCCAUUGGACGCCACACACACACACAACACACACGUUCAUCACUUCCAGAAUGCGAAAAACAUACCCCUCCAAGAGCUAAGCAAAACAAAAGUGUAAUCUUCUGAUCUAGUAAUUUUUGCGAAUUUUGUUAAUUAUAUUAUUUUGUAUUUGUUGAAAUGCCAUCGACCGGCAUUCAUUCCAUUCUUUACAAACUAAAGGCGAGAUAUGUAGAACCACUAGUGUAAUUGUAAGCUAAGCGAAAAAAAAUUGUGCAAGAGUAAAUAUAUAUUUAGAGUUUUUUUAAAUUCAGUAUGAACAUACUUCGAAAACAUGCAUACAAACCCACAAAUAGCAUCUAAUCUGACUGACAUAUUCACGGACAUUCCGCUACGCGGUGGAAGUACGUUGAACGGACCGUUUUGCCACAGUUUGAAGCAUCAAAAUAAUGAACGAAAUAAAAUUUAAUUUUGUUAUUAGCAUUUUUAUACGUAAACCGAAA